UCAUUCUUUAAUCACCAACAAAACAUAUUAUUAUUACCCUAUAAUCCCUUUAAAGCCAACUGUUUUUUUUUUCCCCACCCGUGCUGUGCGGGGAGAAUCACCAAAAAAAUAUAUGGGUUUCAAUUCGAUUCGGUGCUUCUCUUCCAAUUCGAUUCUCAGUCUUUUCAUUCUUUUUUCUUGUUUCUUCGGCCUCUGCUAUAUGUACGACGAGCUGGGUUACAACAGCUUCACUCUCUCCAGCUUCAGUUACCCUCGGACGACGCUCAGACCCUUUGAUUUACGUUAUAUUAGAGUUGAUUUGCCACCAUGGUUCUCUUCCAUGUCUAUAGCAGUGAACUCAGAUGUCGAGCUUGAUGCUGUAAGCCUAAAAAAGGCUCCUGAAAGUGCACUACCAGUAAUUUGCUUCAGAGAUGGCAGCCCACCACUGCCAGAUGUCUCGAACAUUUUUCUAAAUGAUUCAGUGUUAUUUCCCCUUUCUAAUGGCUCAUUUGGAGGAAUACAAGCUCUUCAGAAUGUGGAACAAUGCUUUACUAUGCAGAAAAAUAUCACAAUGAAGUUGACAAAUGAGCAGAUAUCUCCGGGAGCUUGGUAUUUUGGUCUCUUCAAUGGCAUUGGACCUACAAGGACACAAUCAAAAAUGAUUGUCCGAGGCUCAGCAUACUCCUUCAGUGCCAACAUAACAGUGGAAGGAUGUACAACCACAACGAUGUGGGGCCAGUACUGCAACCAGACAGUUGAUCAACUCUCAUGUAUUCUGUUAGACAGUUAUUUUCCUGCAGGAGUUUUUUCAGGAGUCAAGUCUUACAACCAAACAAAUGAAAAUAUGUUUUCUUGCAAAAAUAGUUUGGAAACAUCUUGCCUUGGAGAUGGUGAACCAAAAGUUUACUUAUUGGAUGUUGUCGGAGUGGCUGAAGAAUUGACCAUUAUGGCAGCAGAUAUCAAGUAUAAUGUAUCAGCAGCAAACAACAAUGGGAAUAUAAGUGGAAUUAAUUUAAUGUGUUUUGCUCGGCAUGGUGCAAUUCCAUCGGCAACUGUGCAUGAUUAUUCCAGUAACAUUAGUGAAGCCCCUUUGUCUAUUUCCUUGCCAAAGGUUGGCCGCUGGUAUAUUACUAUUUUGCCUGUUAAUAUUUCAAAUAUACUUGGAGGGACUCAAAACACUGCUAUGAAAGUUUGCUAUUCAAUGGAAUCACAAGUGCUUCAAUGUCCCAUAGGGAAGGCUGGAUCAAACUGUACAUGGGAAAGAUAUGCCCUUCAGACAGUUCUCAGGAGAGAUUCAAACCCAUUUGAAUCCUAUUAUCUGCCAGUCAGUGAAAAACUAUCCUCAAAUUCAGCCAAUUUUCCUCUUGAGCCCCUUGUAAGCAACUCCUCGUAUGGUGGGAAACCGGAUGAUAGUUGGACUUACUUUAUUUUGGAUAUUCCUCGUGGUGCAGCCGGAGGAAAUAUACAUAUCCGACUAACAUCAGAUGCAAGGAUAGAUUACGAAGUAUACACCAGAUUUGGUGGAUUACCGUCUCUAAAUAACUGGGACUAUUAUUAUGCGAACACUACAAGAAGUAGUGAUAGCUCCAUGUUUUUCAAGUUGUACAAUUCCAGCAAAGAAAAAGUUGAUUUUUAUAUUUUAUAUGCCAGAGAAGGAACUUGGGGUUUUGGAUUGAGAUAUCUUAAUACUAGUGGUAGUGCUUCCAAAGAUCAAACUAUCAUGUCUGUUUCCCUCGAAAGAUGCCCAAAACGAUGCUCCUCUCAUGGGGACUGCAGAGUUGCUUUUGAUGCAAGUGGAUUGACAUCAUACAGCUUCUGCUCCUGCGAUCGAAGGCAUGGAGGCUUUGACUGUAGCGUUGAAAUUGUAUCGCAUCAAGGGCACAUAUGGCAAUCGUUUUGCCUUAUUGCAUCAAAUGCUGCAGCUGUACUUCCUGCAUUUUGGGCCCUUCGACGGAAGGCAUUGGCAGAGUGGGUGGUAUUCACGUGUAGCGGAAUUGCAAGUGGAUUAUAUCAUGCUUGUGAUGUAGGCACAUGGUGUGCGUUAACCUAUAAUGUCUUACAGUUUAUGGACUUUUGGCUCUCCUUCAUGGCUGUGGUGAGUACUUUUGUGUACCUAGCUACUAUUGAUGAAGUUUUUAAGAGGGCAAUACACACAGCUGUAGCUAUUCUUACAGCCCUCAUGGCUGCAACUAAGGCAACCAGGUCUUCCAAUAUUGUUCUUGUGGUUGCAAUCGGGGCUUUGGGGCUUCUUAUUGGAUGGCUGAUUGAGAUCUCUACCACGUAUUGGCCAUUCUCUCUUUCAAUUGGGUGCUCUUUAAAUAUGCCAGAAAGAUGGCAAAAUAUUAAAGGAUGGUUCCAAAAUCUUAUCCAUAAAUUUUUUAGACGGUUCCGCUGGGGAUUUAUGCUAGCAGGUUUCACUUCAUUAGCCAUGGCAGCUAUAAGCUGGAAACUGGAAACCAGUGAAAGCUACUGGAUUUGGCACAGUGUUUGGCAUGUGACUAUAUACACAUCUUCGUUCUUCUUCCUUUGUUCAAAAGCAAAGACGCUAAAUAAUGAGAAUCAAAUACGCACAGAUGGAAACUAUGAGUUGACUCGGCAAGAUUCAUUCUCAAGAGGUGAGAGUGUAGCGUAGGGAAUGUGAGGGAGUUUUGCAUUAAGUUCAGACAAAAGUAGGUUCUUUUGUUCAGGCACAUGCAACCGGAGAAAAAUGUAGCAGUGAGACCAUACGUCAUCCAAGUUGUUCCAAGUAGGACAUGUUGUUAUGUGCGGUUUGUUGUAAAUUAUUCUUCUCCAUGAGGUUUGUUCCCUCUUUUAUGCUGGGAACUCGGUUUUUUUGUUCAUGUUUUAACUGUAUAGGGCCAACCAAAGUAGGACAAAACAGCCAAGCCAUGGCAAAAAUUGAUUAUUUAUGAAGUUAGUCUCAAAGGGAUUUAACAAAAUAUAUUUUCCCUUUUA